AUGAGCUCUCUGACAAACAGCAGGACGUCAACGGUCGGUACGGAGUACGGGAAGACAAUCCGCAUGGGGAAAGCUAAGGUAGUUGGUCUCUCACCUUUAGCUGUAUGCCGUAUCCGUACCAAUUUGCUCAUGGAAGCGGCACCCGCACCCUGCGCUCCGUUCGCCCCUGAGCCCGCUGGUGCACUGAUUCGUUUGAUGACCGAGCUUGAAAAGGCUCGUUCGGGAUUCCUACCUCAGCAAGGGCCAGGGACAGGCCGCCUGCAUCGUGGCCGGGACUCGGAGCAGAAUCCAAAUCGAAACCGCUCAGCAACCUGCAGACGGGCUGCAAGCAAGGCAUACCACACGACAGUUACCACACCACACCUGAGCCACGAGCUAGGAGGUGUGCUCGGUAAGGCCAACACCAGCGAUGCGCUGCAGGCUGUGGUUUUACACAAUGCGUGGCUCCUUGGCCAGCCCAUCUUACGUGGACAGGUUCUGUGGUCGCUGGUGCUUAAGAUCGAUGCCGUUGAUCUCGAGUCAUCCAAGCUUAGUUUCCGCUCAAGAGAUGGGCUUGAUCUUGACUGGCCUGCGUUGACGGGCCUCGAAUUGCAAAUGAUCCCUGCAUGGCAGUCUCAGAUUCAGCUCGAGUUUCCAGUGUAUGAUUGUAUAGGCGACAGCCCUGAUUUGACAAAGAUGUCUGGCGUCUAAAGGUUGUGCCGUCGGGGCAAUUCUGGACUCUCUGUUUCUACCGUAUGACUGAGAGGGAAUAAAAGAUGGAGUGCAAUGGCCAGGUUCGGGCCCAAGGUUCAAGCUGGGAUUAGUAGGGCCGGAGCAAGGUCAGGGUCCUGGAGGAGUAGGAUUGAGUGUGGUAGUGCGUCCUUGAGCGGUCGGCCUUGGGCCUGUCAGGUUAUGGAUUAUGAGCUCGACGGAUACCAUGGCGGGACGACUGCGAAGAGAGGCGAGCAGAAGAAAGAGAGAAAAAUAAAUAAAAAGGUUAGGUUGAAAGUGUCAGAGCAAAAGUGCCUUGUGAGUCGAGAGUCAUGAGGGUAUCCAUAACGAGGCCCAGUGACAUUGGACGUUUUGAUGGGCGUUGGACU